AUGGCAGGGCCCCUGGCCUGGGUGUCCUUCAUCCUUGUGCUGGAGGUCAUAGCUGUUUUGGGGAGGCAGCCAACACUCAGCCAGUCUGUGAGAAGAGUCCGGCCGGGCAGAAGGACCCCGAGCAACUUCGCACAACCAGCAGAGUCCCUGGAGAGUCCUGGUGAAUGGACCACCUGGUUCAAUAUCGACCACCCAGGUGGGAAAGGUGACUUUGAGCGGCUGGACGCCAUCCAGUUCUACUAUGAGGAUCGUGUGUGCGCUCAGCCCCUGUGGCUGGAGGCACGGACCACCGACUGGACCCCUGCAAGCAGCACUGGCCAGGUGGUCCAUAGCAGUCCCAGGGAGGGCUUCUGGUGCCUCAACAGGGAACAAAGACCUGGCCAGAACUGUUCCAACUAUACGGUGCGCUUCCUGUGCCCCCCAGGGUCCCUGCGUCGAGACAUGGAGCGCCUUUGGAGUCCCUGGUCUCCAUGGAGCAAGUGUUCUGCUUCUUGUGGCCAUACUGGGGUGCAGACCCGAACACGCACUUGUUUGUCUGAGACAGUGUCACUUUGCCGUGAAGCCACAGAAGAGGGGCGGCUCUGUGUGGGCCACGACUGUGCAGACUGCGACCUGAGCUGCUCCAUGGGCCAGGUGAAUGCUAACUGUGAUGCAUGCAUGUGCCAGGACUUCACAUUGCAUGGGGUUGUCUCACUUCCUGGGGGAUCCCCUGCCUCAGGGGCCACGGUCCACCUGCUCAGCAAGACACCGAAGCCACUGACCCAGACAGACAGCAAUGGGAGGUUCCGGAUCCCUGGUCUGUGCCCUGAUGGCACAAGCAGCUUGAAAAUCACAAAGGCCAAGUUUGUCCCCAUUGUGCUCACAAUGCCCAGGACCAACAGGAAAUCAGCCACCAUCAAUGCAGAGUUCAUGAGGGCAGAGACCCCAUACAUUGUGAUGAAUCCUGAGACAAAAGCACGAAGGGCAGGGCAAAGUGUGGCUCUGUGCUGCAAGGCUACAGGAAAGCCCAGCCCAGACAAGUAUUUUUGGUACCACAAUGGCACAGAGUUGGACCCCUCCCUCUACAAGUAUGAGAGCAAGCUGGUGCUGAGGAACCUGCAGAGGGAUCAUACUGGUGAAUACUUUUGUAAAGCCCAGAGUGAUGCCGGGGCUGUGAAGUCCAAGAUUGCCCAACUGACUGUCAUAGGCUCCAGCGAGGCCCCUUGCAACCCCACUCCUGAGAGCUACCUGAUUCGGCUGCCCCAUGAUUGCUUCCAGAGUGCCACCAACUCCUUCUACUAUGAUGUGGGCCGAUGUCCUGUCAAGACCUGUGCCGGGAAGCAGGACAAUGGGAUCCGGUGCCGGGAUGCUGUGGAAAACUGCUGUGGCAUCUCCAGAACCCAGGAGCGGGAGAUUCAAUGCACUGGGUACACCUUGCCCACCAAGGUGGCUGUGGAAUGCAGCUGUCAGCGGUGCACCGAGACCCGGAGCAUUGUGCGGGGCCGUGUCAGUGCAGCGGACAAUGGGGAACCCAUGCGCUUUGGCCAUGUGUAUAUGGGGGGCCACCGUGUGAGCAUGACUGGCUACAAGGGCACAUUCACCCUCCAGAUCCCCCAGGACACGGAGAGGCUGGUGGUCACCUUUGUGGACAGGUUGCAGAAAUUCGUCAACACCACCAAAGUACUCCCCUUCAACAGAAAGGGGAGCGCAGUAUUCCAUGACAUCAAGGUGCUUCGGAGGAAGGAGCCCAUCACCUUGGAGGCCACUGAGACCAACAUCAUUCCGCUGGGAGAGGUGCCUGGAGAGGACCCAAUGGCAGAACUGGAGAUCCCAUCCCAGAGUUUCUACAGACAGAACGGAGAGCCUUUCACAGGCAAAGUCAAGGCCAGUGUGUCCUUCCUGGACCCCAGGAAUAUUUCCACAGCCACUGCCACCCAGAGCGACCUGAAUUUCAUCAGCAACGAAGGUGACACCUUCCCCCUAAGGACUUACGGCAUGUUCUCCGUGGACUUCACAGACGAAGACACCUCAGAACCACUGAAUGUGGGCAAGGUGAAAGUCCACCUAGACUCGGCCCAGGUAAAGAUGCCCGAGCAUGUGUCCAUGAUGAAACUCUGGUCGCUCAACCCAGACACGGGCCUGUGGGAGGAAGAAGGAGAUUUUGAGUUUGACAGACGACGGAGGGGCAAGAGGGAAGAGAGGACUUUCCUGGUAGGCAACAUGGAGAUCCGGGAGAGAAGGCUCUUCAACCUGGACGUGCCCGAAGGCCGCCGCUGCUUCGUGAAGGUCAGGGCCUACCGCAGCGAGAGGUUCCUGCCCAGCGAGCAGAUCCAGGGUGUUGUGGUAUCCGUGAUCAACCUGGAACCCCGAACUGGCUUCUCCUCCAACCCCAGGGCUUGGGGCCGCUUUGACAGCGUCAUCACCGGCCCCAAUGGGGCCUGCGUGCCUGCCUUCUGCGAUGACCAGUCCCCAGACGCCUACUCUGCCUACAUCCUAGCCAGCCUGGGUGGGGAAGAGCUGGAGGCGGUUGCAUCUGCACCCAAGUUCAACCCAAACGCCAUUGGGGUCCCCCAGCCUUACCUCAACAAGCUCAAGUACCGUCGGACCGACCACGAGGACCCCCGCGUCAAGAAGACAGCAUUCCAGAUCAGCAUGGCCAAGCCAAGGCCCAACUCAGCUGAGGAGAGCAACGGGCCCAUCUAUGCCUUCGAAAACCUUCGGGCCUGCGAGGAGGCUCCCCCCAGCGCGGCCCAUUUUCGCUUCUACCAGAUUGAGGGGGACCGCUAUGACUACAACACGGUCCCCUUCAGCGAGGAUGACCCCAUGAGCUGGACGGAGGACUAUCUGGCCUGGUGGCCCAAGCCUAUGGAAUUCCGGGCCUGCUACAUCAAGGUGAAGAUCGUAGGGCCGCAAGAGGUGAACGUGCGCUCCCGCAAUCUUGGGGGCACACAUCCACGCACGGUAGGGAGGCUCUAUGGCAUCCGUGAUGUGCGCAGCACCCGCGACAGGGAACAACCCAACGUGUCCUCGGCCUGUGUAGAGUUCAAGUGCAGCGGGAUGCUCUACGACCAGGACCGCGUGGACCGCACCUUGGUCAAGGUCAUCCCCCAAGGCAGCUGCCACCGCUCCAGCGUCAACCCCAUGUUGCACGAAUACCUGGUCAACCACCUCCCCCUGGCUGUCAAUAAUGACACCAGCGAGUACACCAUGCUGGCACCUCUGGACCCACUGGGCCAUAACUAUGGCAUCUACACAGUCACCGACCAGGACCCACGCACGGCCAAGGAGAUUGCCCUAGGCCGCUGCUUCGAUGGCACAUCAGAUGGUGCUUCCAGAGUCAUGAAGAGCAACGUGGGCGUGGCGCUCACUUUUAACUGCUUGGAGAGGCAGGUGGGCCGCCAGAGUGCCUUCCAGUAUCUGCAGAAUGUGCCCUCCCGGCCAGCCUCUGUGGGCGUUUCCCGGGGUGCAGUGCCAUCCAGAAGGCAGCGGGCCAGCAGGCUUGGCCAGCGAAGGCGCAGUGGAGUGAGCUCGCGCCGUUAUCCUGGGAUAACGGGAUAUGCCCAGCAGCCUUUGCGCACCUGA